UAAUGGCAGUGUGGAGGAGGAGAGGGGGAGAUACGGUAUUGUCUUACUGUAGAGAGUAAAAUCAAAUAAAAGAGAGGAGAGAAAGAUGGAGAGCGACGAAGCAGCAGCAGCGUCUCCUCAAGGGAGCGGAGGAACCGUAACUCCGGCGCCGAAGAAGAGAGGCCGGAAACCUAAGAUCAAGGAGGAUUCUCAGACGAAGGAGCAGAGCGGGAAGGAGAGCGGGGGGAAGAAGACGAAGCAGAGUGUGGACGAGAAGUACACUCAGUGGAAAGGUCUCGUCCCCAUCCUCUACGACUGGCUCGCCAACCACAACCUCGUCUGGCCUUCCCUCUCUUGCAGAUGGGGUCCACAGCUUGACCAAGCAACUUACAAGAAUCGCCAGCGUCUUUACCUCUCUGAACAAACUGAUGGUAGUGUGCCCAACACUCUUGUCAUAGCUAAUUGCGAAGUUGUUAAGCCAAGGGUCGCUGCAGCUGAGCACAUAUCUCAGUUCAAUGAAGAAGCACGUUCUCCAUUUGUGAAGAAGUACAAGACCAUCAUUCACCCUGGCGAGGUUAACAGAAUCAGGGAACUCCCACAGAACAGUAAGAUUAUUGCUACUCACACCGACAGUCCUGAUGUUCUCAUUUGGGAUGUUGAAACCCAACCAAACCGUCAUGCUGUGCUUGGGGCUGCAACUUCCCGUCCGGAUUUGAUACUAACUGGACACCAAGACAAUGCUGAAUUCGCUCUUGCAAUGUGCCCAACCGAGCCCUUUGUCCUCUCUGGAGGCAAGGACAAGUCAGUUGUUUUGUGGAGUAUCCAGGACCACAUCACAACGGUUGGUACAGAUUCCAAAUCAUCUGGAUCGAUCAUCAAGCAGACUGGUGAAGGUGGUGAUAAGACUGAGAGUCCUUCUGUUGCCCCCCGAGGUGUAUAUCAUGGCCAUGACGACACAGUUGAAGAUGUGGCAUUCAGCCCGACCAGUGCGCAAGAGUUCUGCAGUGUUGGUGACGAUUCUUGCCUCAUUCUAUGGGAUGCAAGAACUGGCACUAGCCCUGUCACGAAGGUUGAAAAGGCUCACGAUGCUGAUCUUCAUUGUGUCGACUGGAAUCCUCAUGACGACAAUCUGAUCCUAACAGGGUCUGCAGACAACACUGUCCGGUUGUAUGAUCGCAGGAACCUUACCUCAAAUGGAGUUGGUACGCCCAUCUACAAAUUUGAAGGCCACAGAGCUGCUGUUCUUUGCGUUCAGUGGUGUCCUGAUAAGUCAUCUGUUUUUGGGAGUUCUGCUGAAGAUGGUCUCUUGAACAUCUGGGAUUAUGACAGGGUCAGUAAGAAGUCUGAUCGUGCAGCUAAAAGCCCCGCUGGUCUCUUCUUCCAGCAUGCUGGUCACAGGGACAAAGUUGUUGAUUUCCACUGGAAUGCGGCGGACCCUUGGACUAUUGUUAGUGUGUCUGAUGACUGUGAGACUACUGGUGGAGGUGGAACAUUGCAGAUAUGGCGGAUGAGUGACUUGAUUUACAGGCCGGAAGAGGAAGUUUUGGCAGAGUUGGAAACGUUCAAGUCGCAUGUUAUGACAUGUGCCUCUAAACCUUGAGGGAAAAGAAACAAAAAUAUAACAUUGUCUAUCCAUCUAUCUUAUCGCCUAUGUGGUAAAACUAAUGCGGUUUAGUUGUCGUUUUAGCGAGGAAUACUAUCUUCUUCUUUAGUUUGUGUUUUGAAAACUGGUUUCAGUUUUGUUGUGUUUCCGAAUAAGAAAACAAUUACUAAUCCAUUUUAAUUUCGAUUUUGGUGUU